AUGGCGGUCAAGGUGCAAUCAACCAAACGUGGGGAUCCAAAUGAGCUGAAAGCAAUCUUCCAGAAGUACGCCAGCGAAGUGGACAAAGAUGGAGAGAGGUUCAUGACGCCAGCAGACUUUGUCCAGAAGUAUCUGGGCCUGCAAACACAGAUCCACCACAACCCCAAAACUGUACAACUUCUGGCUGCCGUGGCUGACACCACCAAAGACGGGCUCAUCUCAUUCCAGGAGUUUCUUGCUUUUGAGUCCGUGUUGUGCGCACCUGACGCUCUCUUCAUAGUUGCCUUCCAGCUGUUCGACAAGACCGGAACUGGAGACAUUUCCUUUGAGAAUGUGCGGGACAUUUUCAGCCAGACGACAGUGCACCACCAUAUUCCCUUUAACUGGGACUGUGAGUUCAUCCAUUUGCACUUUGGGCAGAAUCGGAAAAAACGUCUCAACUACCUCGAGUUCACGCAGUUCCUGCAGGAGCUGCAAUUGGAGCACGCCAGACAGGCCUUCGCCCAAAAGGACAAGGAGAAGAAUGGAGUCAUCUCCGCUUUGGAUUUCAGUGACAUUAUGGCCACCAUCAGACAUCACAUGCUCACACCCUUUGUGGAGGAAAACCUUGUUUCAGCAGCAGGUGGAAGCAUCUCUCACCUGGUCAGCUUCUCUUACUUCAAUGCCUUCAACUCGCUCCUUAACAACAUGGAGCUUAUCCGCAAAAUCUACAGCACACUGGCCGGUUCCUGGAAUGACACACUCGUCACCAAAGAGGAGUUUGUUCAUGCUGCCAACAAGUUUGGUCAAAUCACACCAAUGGAAAUUGACAUCUUGUACCAGUUAUCAGCCCUGCACUCCCCCUCAGGGCGUCUGAAUCUUGCUGACAUUGAGAGAAUAGCUCCGCUAGAAGAAGGAAGUCUUCCAUAUAACCUGGCCGAAACCCAAAAACAGUCUCAGGUUCAAGGGGACAGUUCAAGACCCGUGUGGCUCCAAGUCGCAGAAUCCGCUUACAGGUUCACUUUAGGCUCCAUUGCUGGAGCCACCGGCGCCACGGCGGUCUACCCGAUCGACUUGGUAAAGACCCGAAUGCAGAACCAGAGGUCUACGGGCUCUUUUGUCGGGGAGCUGAUGUACAAAAACAGCUUUGACUGCGCUAAGAAGGUGCUUCGCUAUGAAGGCUUUUUUGGCUUCUACAGAGGUCUGGUCCCUCAGCUGAUUGGCGUGGCGCCCGAGAAGGCCAUCAAACUCACUGUGAAUGAUUUUGUACGAGACAAGUUCACCGACAAGGACAACUCCAUUCCUUUGCUGGCAGAGAUCUUGGCCGGUGGCUGCGCCGGAGGCUCCCAGGUGAUCUUCACCAACCCUCUGGAGAUCGUCAAGAUCCGCCUGCAAGUGGCAGGCGAGAUCACCACCGGGCCUCGAGUCAGCGCGCUCAACGUAGUGCGAGACUUAGGCUUCUUUGGGCUCUACAAGGGAGCUAAAGCCUGUUUCUUGAGGGACAUCCCCUUUUCGGCCAUCUAUUUCCCCGCGUACGCUCACCUCAAGUCCACCAUGGCUGACGAACAAGGUCGGCUGGGCCCCUUGCAGCUUCUCACUGCUGGAGCAAUCGCAGGUAUCCCCGCGGCCUCGCUGGUGACGCCGGCCGACGUCAUCAAGACUCGCCUGCAAGUGGCCGCCCGGGCGGGUCAGACCACUUACUCCGGAGUCAUCGACUGUUUCCGGAAGAUCAUGCGGGAGGAAGGCUUUCGAGCUCUCUGGAAGGGAGCAGGAGCUCGAAUGUGCCGGUCAUCCCCCCAGUUUGGUGUGACUUUGGUGACCUAUGAACUCUUACAGAGGUGGUUCUACAUUGACUUUGGGGGACAUCGGCCAUCAGGAUCGGAGCCCACGCCAAAGUCUCGUAUCUCGGAACUCCCUCCCAUCAACGCAGAUCACGUGGGAGGCUACCGUCUGGCCGCCGCCACCUUCGCCGGAGUGGAGAACAAAUUCGGCCUCCACCUGCCCAAAUUCAAGUCUUCGGGCGUGGUGUCCAUUCACCCCCCGGAACCCGCCGCUCCCCCUAAGUCCUCUUAG